AUGGCAGUAAAUAUGUUUAGCGUUGUUGAUUAUUAUUUUACUGAUGUAUCUCGUAAAUAUUCAUGUGGUUAUUGUAAAAAACGCAAUUCUUAUAAACGACAUGGUAUGUGGGCACAUUCACUGACAGUUCAAAAUUAUCAAUCGUUAAUAGACAGAGGCUGGAGAAGAAGUGGUUGUUAUUGUUACAAGCCACUAAACGAUGAAACAUGCUGUCCUAUGUAUACUAUUAAAUGUGAAGCAUUAAAUUUUAUUGUCACAAAAUCACAAAAAAAAAUAAUAAAACGUGUAACAAAAUUUUUAAAGGAAGGAAAAAAAGACGAAGAUUACAAUGAAAAAAGAAGUAAAAGAACUAAAAUUCAUCAUAAUAAUCCCAAUGAUAUAGAUAUCUGCAAUAUAAUGGAGCCAGAUUACGCUGAGUAUACAACGAGAAAUAAAUUAGAUAUUUUAGAAGGAGAAAAAAUGUCUGUAGAUGUUGAUUGUGGUACUAAACGUGAUUCUUGUACUCAAAGCUCGGACCAUAAUGAUCAUGUCAAUAGUCAUCAACAAGUAAACAAUGAAAUUGAUAAUACUCAAUGGCAACCUGUGACAAUGGUUCAAGAUACUCUUGAAUCUGUUAAUAGUCUAGCAAAUUCCUCGUGUAGUAAAAGUGAUAAAGUAAAUACUAAAGAGCCAGCGGCGAGUAACUCAGACAGCGACUUGCCUAGAAAAGCUAAAUUAAUUAGGAUUGAAAGAGCGAGAAGCCGGCUACUGGCGAAAGGAAAGACUUUGGAAGAGAUUGAAUCUUAUUAUAAGAAAAAAAAAGAUAAAAAUAAAACCAAAACUAUCGACGAGUUAUUAAAUAAUAUUUCCGAUGGUGUUAAUGAGUUACAAGUGAAAUUAGUACGAGUGUCAUCAGAAGAAUUUAUGGAUACUUUGGAUCAAAGUGUAGAAUUAUUUAAAAAGUAUCAAAUUGCUGUACAUAAUGAUGAGGAAGACGAAUGUGAUAAACAGUCCUUCCUUAAUUUUUUAGGGAAAACUCCUUUAAAACACUGGAAGCCAGAAUCUGGACCACCACUGGGAUACGGUUCAUUUCACCAACAAUAUUGGCUUAAUAAUACUUUAAUGGCCGUAGGAGUUAUUGAUAUAUUACCAUCAUGUGUGUCAAGUGUUUAUUUUUUCUAUGAUCCUGAAUAUUCAUUUCUUUCACUCGGUACUUACAGCUCUCUAAUGGAAGUACGAUUAGUAAGAGAAUUAAAUAAAACAGCGCCCGACUUGAAAUAUUAUUAUAUGGGUUACUACAUCCACACGAUUCCGAAAAUGCGUUACAAAGCUAAAAUGCGUCCCUCGAAAUUACUGUGUCCGGAAACAUACUCGUGGUUUGACAUUGAAAAGUGCAUACCUAAAUUAAAUGAAACCAAAUACUCAAGACUUAAUGAUGAUUUGGAUGCACUUGACGAAGACGGUGUAAUUAAUAACGACGCACUAAUGCAGGUACGAGUUUAUUAUCGCGGAAAAAUGACAUAUAGAAAUGUACAGGGAAUAAGACGAAUGUUUGGCGAUAAAAAGGAUGACAGCAAUGAAGUUAAAGAAUAUGCGGAGUUAGUUGGUAAAAAAUGUGCUCACAAUAUGUAUUUAGUACGAUCUUAA